AUGGCUUCCGACUACGAGCGAACGAUUCUGGAGUUUUACCAGCUUCCCACCCCGUACCCAAACGAAUGGCCCGACGAAAAGAACCAGAGCGAUGCAUCCGAGGAUGAAGACGGCGGCAAGGACGAGAAGAAGGCCAAGCUGAACCGCCGAAAGUCGCGAUACCAGGCGCUCGAGCGAGCUGUGAGCAACCGAAGCAGCAUAAUCCCCGGCUCGCAGUCGGAGAAGGGCGGCAUUGGAAACAUUGUUCAACGAGACGAGCCCGAUCCUUUGGGCACCACUGACAGCGUCGUCAGGACACUCCGCCAGCUGGGAGUGCCCAUUCAAGACGACCCUCGCUUGCGCAACCGGUUUCUCCUCUCCUCGACCACCUUCUCCCCCGCCCUGUUCCUGUCACAGAUGCACGCGACUGCCGACACUCAAAGCUUGCUGGUCGGCCUCGACACUCUUUCCCAGUCAAUCGAUCAAAAGUCUGCAUCACUUAAGGUCCUGGUGGAAACCAACUUUGAGCGUUUCGUCAAGGCCAAGGCCACUAUAGAUAAUGUCUACAAGGAGAUGAAAUACCGCGGCGCUGAGCCGCCCCCGCCGCCAACGACAGGUCGCGCCCGAGGCCAUUCCCGAGCUGCCAGUCGAAGCAGCUUCCGAAGCAGCAAUGGCGCCAUAGCCCUGGCCAACUCACUCGGAUCACCGACGGCCGACGCGCGCAAGAAGAACGCCCUUGUGAAGGAGAGCGAGUACGGCGUCGCGGGAAUCAAGGCACCUCUGCUGGACGUGUCUGCCAAGGCAGAAGAUGUGUGGGGUCCGGCGUUAGGAGGUCGUGAGAAGGAAGAGAACCUCAAGGUUGUGUCGGCCAAUCUGGAGCAAUUCAACGAGUACGUCGAGCUGAGCGCAGCCAUUGCCGACAGCAUCAAGCGCAGAGACUACGAGAGUCUCGUCGAGGAGUACAACAAGGCUCGGAAAUUCUCAGAUGAUGCGCGCAGUCUGGCCGCCGCCGUUGCUCAGGGGUCGUCAACGGAUACGCAGCUGUACCAAAUAGUGUUGGCGGCGCGUAUGUGGCACGACGUAGACGAGCAGAUCCAGUCGUUCAAGCGAGACGUUUGGCGCAAACUCGUCACCCUGCACGGCGUGUCGAAAACCGACAACCUUGGCCAACAAGAUCAGCACAUGGAGUUGAUCAGUCUGCUUCUGGAGCUGGGUGUCGACGACAACCCGAUUUGGGUCUGGCUGCUCAGUCGAUACGACCAUCUCAAGGGCAAAAUUCAAUCCAUGUCAGAUCGAUCCAAGGUCGAAGUCGAGGUUUUGCGCCGGCGACUGGCGAACGCGGAAAAGCCCGGCUCGCACGCGGUGGCAGCACACCUCCGGUCCCUGGGCCGCGUGGCCGUGGAGAACAAGAUUGCAUCAGCAGACUCAGCAGAUGUGAUCGAGUUGUGGGAGAAGAUGCUGGCAUACCUUUCCGGUUUGCUGUCUUCGCAAGGGAUUUUGGGAGAGGUUGUGGACUUCUGGCAAACCGUGCAAGGCUUCUUGGAUGGCAAUAUUCAGCGGACACUGCCGACAGGUUACAAUGGCGAAUCCCAAGAACACCAUCAGUUGACAGAGCAAGGCGCUGAAGACCUACAGAAGGGGACACUCGAGCUUGUCGACAUGAUCCGCGAGACGGUGUUUGCCUUUUUCGCAGGUCCACCGCCAGAAGAUAUCUCGCUGCUCUUCUCACCCUUACCGAUCUCGCCAAAGAGCCCCCCUUCUGCUUCCGCGGGAACCCCAACCGGCGUGCGGGACCCUCGUCUUAACCUUGAUCCCAACAACAUUCCGCCUCCCUCACCCAAGCGUGGCGAGACAUGGGAGAAGCUGGCUUUCUGGCCUCCUUGGUCGAACUCCGUCAGCGGUGUUCACUACCUCUCCAAGAUGCUUGCCUUGGUCGGAUCUGGGGCGUCUGACCUGGCGAGUAUCGGUCCUGUUGCGAGCGGGCCAGACGCUGGCGUGUUGGACAGACUCAAGUCGCUGGUCAACAUUUCGAGAGAGAGGUGCGUCACCGCUCUUUGCGCAGCAUGGAACAAGGACGCCGAAAACAUCAAGUACGUCGAGGAUUGGCAGCGGUCACCAGAACUGGGAGACCUCACUCGCAUGCCUUCCAGCUUCGCUGCCUUUGAGGGGGCUCUUCUCGCAGGCAUGCAAAAGAUUCUUUACAUCUCCGAAGCCAUGUCUAAGCCUGGCGCGGGGGAUAUUGUCCUCCCGCCGCCUAGUAAGCUCUUGCAGAUGGUCAGAAGCCAGUACGUUACAACGCUCUAUAAGGCGUUGAGCGGCAUGGUGGAAAACGCCGAAAGAUCUGUGAAGAAGGCCGACGACGAUUGGACGACGGAUAUUGACGGCACUAUCGCCACAAGCACCCCGCCCGCUCCUGCUGGCGGAAGAGCGACCCUUGAUGCUGGAGACAGAAACGUGCGAAUGCUUCUCACUCUGAGCAACUUACAAUCACUUCGAGCCAAGGUUGUCCCGAGUCUUAACUCCCAAUUCGAGAACGCCUUCUCCGUGAAACUCAGUGAUGAAUCGAAGACGAUCAAGGAUGUUCUAGGCCAGAUUGAUGCUAGACUCUUCCAAUCUUACACCAGACCGUCCAUCGAGUCUCUCCGAAAUAUUGUUCGCGCCGGUGUUUCAUCACCAGACUGGGUCCCUGAGACGGGCCAGAAGCCACGAGAAGCCCAGCCUUAUGUCUACGAGGCUCUUCUGAGUCUUGUCCUGGUUCACUCUCAAGUGUCUACGACGGCGCCUACUCUCACUUCCCAGGUGCUGUCCUACCUGCUCGAGCAGACCAGCCGCGAACUUCUCGAAGCAUUCCGCACGCGGCCACGAUACACGCUCGAGGCCCUUAUGCAGGCUACCCUCGACGUCGAGUUCGUGGCCCAGACGCUGAGCCAGUACACCACGGACCGCGCCUCCCAGCUCCAGAGCGAGAUUUACUCGGAACUCGACGGACGAACCGACAACGACGCACGCGCCCGGCUGCAAAGCGAGCUCCCGGAAAUGCGUAGCGUGCUGAAGAGGCUACGUGAGGCGAGCAAGAACGAAUUCGCCUGCUUCCGAAAGCCGAAACGUCCCGGGAUGGGACCACAGCGCACAGGAACCGGGGACUCUGCUGCUAGCAUUCAGAAGGGCUAG